CGCCGCCGCCGCCGCUGCCGCAGCUCCAUCCUCGCUCGGGAGCGCGGAUGGUGAGAGGGGCGGCUCGCCAGCCCCGCACCGGCCCGGCCUCCAGAACCACAGGCCUGGCAGAGAAGCCCCAUCGCAGACGCAAAAGCAGGACUGAGUUUGCCCUGAAAGAAGCCAUGUCGACAGGCGGCAUGGAGGAUGACAUCCCUCAGGGAGAGAGGAAAACUGUCACGGACUUCUGUUAUCUGCUGGAUAAAUCCAAACAGCUCUUCAAUGGCUUAAGAGACUUGCCUCAGUAUGGACAGAAGCAGUGGCAAUCGUAUUUUGGGCGGACCUUUGAUGUUUACACCAAGCUCUGGAAGUUCCAGCAGCAGCACCGGCAAGUUCUGGACAAUCGGUACGGAUUAAAGCGCUGGCAAAUUGGUGAAAUCGCUUCCAAGAUUGGGCAGCUUUACUACCACUACUACCUUCGCACGUCUGAAACCAGCUACCUGAAUGAAGCCUUUUCCUUCUACUCUGCUAUCCGCCAGAGGUCUUACUACUCCCAAGUCAACAAAGAAGACAGGUCAGGCCAUGCCUCAGUCUUGCCUGAACUGGUAGUUAAGAAGCUGCGUUAUUAUGCACGAUUCAUUGUGGUUUGCCUUUUACUGAACAAAAUGGAUGUCGUCAAGGAUCUUGUAAAGGAAUUGUCAGAUGAGAUUGAAGACUACACCCACCGCUUCAACACGGAAGACCAAGUGGAGUGGAAUCUGGUUCUCCAAGAGGUGGCUGCAUUUGUCGAGGCAGACCCUGUGAUGGUGCUGAAUGAUGACAACACCCUUGUGAUCCUCUCCAACCGCCUCUCUGAAACGGGAGCCCCUCUGCUGGAGCAGGGGAUGAUCGUAGGGCAGCUGACUCUUGCAGAUGCACUUAUUAUUGGCAACUGCAACAAUCAGGUGAAGUUCAGCGAGCUGACAAUCGACAUGUUCCGGAUGCUGCAAGCUCUGGAGAGGGAACCUAUGAACUUGGCAUCACAAAUGAGCAAGCCAGGGCUGCAGGAGACAACUGAAAAGCCAGCAAGAAGGGAAAACCCUCACAAGUACUUGCUGUACAAGCCAACCUUCAGCCAGCUGUACACCUUCUUGGCUGCGUCGUUUAAGGAGCUGCCUGCAAAUAGUGUCCUGCUCAUCUACCUGUCAGCCACUGGCGUGUUUCCUUCAGGUCGUUCGGAUAGUGAAGGUCCCUAUGAUUUUGGGGGUGUCCUGACAAACAGCAACCGGGACAUCAUAAAUGGGGAUGGCAUCCACAAGCGGAACCAGUCGUACAAAGAGAUGCACUGUCUACACCCUGGUGAUCUCUAUCCUUUCACGAGGAAGCCUCUGUUUAUCAUAGUGGACUCCUCUAACAGCGUUGCCUACAAGAAUUUCACAAACUUAUUCGGACAACCACUGGUGUGCCUACUUUCACCAACAGCAUAUCCAAAAGCGUUGCAAGAUCAGUCUCAGCGAGGCAGCCUCUUCACCUUCUUCCUGAACAAUCCUUUAAUGGCAUUCCUAUUUGUCUCUGGAUUAUCAAGCAUGCGCAAAGGAUUGUGGGACAAGUGUCAUGAUUACCUUCGCAAAAUCAACCGGGAUAUUGCACAAUUGCUGACUCAUUCCCGUUCCAUAGAUCAGGCCUUUCUCCAGUUUUUUGGAGAUGAAUUCCUUCGCUUACUUCUAACAAGAUUCAUCUUUUGCUCAGCUACCAUGAGGAUGCACAAAAUCUUUCGGCAGGAAACUAGAAAUUAUCCAGAAUCCUACCCCCAGUUGCCAAGGGAUGAAACUGUGGAGAAUCCACACCUCCAAAAGCAUAUUUUGGAGUUGGCUUCAAUGCUGGAUGUUCGAAAUGUGUUCCUGGAAACCACGCUUGAUGAUUAUUAAAAUGGAAAUACACAUUCUGGCUUUCUUACUGCAAUGGGGUGUUUCCCAGCCACAGAUUUUUGAAAUGGUGCAGUUUUCUAAUGUGAAGAUCCACAAAAGGAAUUUACUUGAUUUUUAUUUUUAAACUUAAUGAUUAUUUUUUUAAACAAAUGGAAUGGCUGUGGGCAUGGCUGUUCCAUUCUGUAUGGGGUCAAUUUUAUAAACUAAUCCCUCCUGCAUCUUUUUAAAAAAAUUAAAGACUUAAAUGAAUCCCUUGGGUUUAAAAUUUUGGUUUUUGGUGGUUGAAAACCAGCGACACAUCAUAAAUGAGCCUAAGUAUUUAGGGAAAAAAUGCUAUUGGUCACUUUUUGCCCUUGUAUGUGGAAAUUCUUUAUUUUUGUACGAUUUUUAAAAAUUUGGAAGCAAAAACAAAACACAAACAAACCAAGAAGAAGACCUCUUCUGUCCCCAAAGAUUCUGGAUUUGAAAUGUGAAACGUGGGAUCACUCAUUGCAAAGCAGCAAUAGCAAUAAUAAAAAGUCUUUCAAAACAAGAUAUGUAUGGCCAACUCAAGAAGGAGCAUCACUUUCGAAGGGAUCGCAGAAAAUGUAGUGUUCCCUACUCCCAUAAAUCCCCUUAUCCAGAUGUUAAAGCUAUGUUGCAUGUUGAUUAAGAAUGCAGGACUUUUAUCCCAUCUCAGCCUGUGAAGGAAUCGUCUCCUGACAUAUGAAUCGCAUCAAGAGACUGGCCCCAUCUCUUUAUUGGACCACCCUCCGUGCCUCUUGCAGAGCCAUGACGAUCCUCCUGCCCUGGAAGGAAGGUCAGAACCAGUCAGUUUUUGGGUUCUGAAACCUCAGAAGGAGACAAUCUGCCUUCCUCCGCCACACAAUGAAGUAUCAUUCCUCAGCUUCUGCCCAGAGAGUUGUAUCUAGGGAUGGAAAAUGCCAGCCUCUCUCUGCACAUGAACACAUGGCAAGGAACUGCUUCAAACUACCACUGCCACACUUGAACUGUGAAUAAACCCUUAAGCUGUUUGUGGUGUUCCCCAGAUCCAAGAGAGCCACUUUUCUUACCCCCCCACAUCCUACCCAGUCUUUUGUGAUUUGACAACACACAUUGAUGCUGUGUAGUGGGGAAAAGAUCACUGCCUUGCCUCUGUGGCUGACCUGCUCAAAAUAAAACCUUGUUUAUAGUUGUGGGAAAGGCAUGUCCCUCCCCUCACUGCCUGUGUAAAACAUGAA